GUAUGGUUUGUGUUCUUUGCAACUUGAAGCCGGCGAAGAUGAGGGAUAUUGUGUCGCAAGCAAUGGUUCUUGCAGCUUCCAGUAGUGAUGGCAGCAAGGUGGAGUUAGUUGAGCCCCCUGAAUCUGCUAUUAUUGGUGAGCGAGUUAUAUUUCCCGGGUUUGAAGGCGAGCCAGACGAUCUCUUAAACCCAAAGAAGAAAAUAUUUGAGACACUCGCGGUGGAUCUACACACAAAUGAGAAUCUAGUUGCUUGCUACAAAGAUGUGCCCUUCACUACAUCUGCAGGUGUAUGCAAAGUUUCAUCCAUCAGCAAUGGCCCGGUCCGGUAAAAGCUUCCUUGAGCCCUAAGCGUCAUCUAAAAUUCUCCAUUUCUAUCUUUUUUUUUGUAAGAGGGAAACGAAACGUAUUUCCGAGAUUUCAUUUGAAAAGUUGAUUCUAUUUACAAACAUGUUCUUGUAAACUUUUAAGUUUGAUACAAUUUUGGUUCUUGAUUU